UUCGCUCUUCAUUUUCUCUUCUACGUUUCUACCCUAAAGCAAAUGCCAUAAUCGAACAAACCCUCAGAUCUUCUCUCCAAAUGGCUUCGAUUACUCCACCCUCCCGCCCAAUCGGUCACAAUGACGCCUCUACAUCCUAUUUUGUGAAAACGGUUUGCCUGCAGAAUUGGUGGCUGAUUAAGGCUGAGAAUGAAUUCGAUGGCAGGAGACUCGGCAUUGCAGGACAGACUUCUCGAGAACACCAAGCGGUUCGUGAAUUCAAAUCUGCACCAAUUCUUAAGAGACAUGAUAUUUUCACCUUGGAGACUGUUGAUGGUGUAUUUAUUCUGAUGGAGGGGUUCAUUAACGAAGAUCGUACAAAAGAAAAUGGGUUUCCUCCUGAGGUUUUCAAUCAUUUUGUUUUUGGCUUCCCUCCUUUAUGGGAGGAGUAUGCUAAAAAAUGGUGUGGAAAAGAACCAACCGAUGAAGAUGCUUCAAUGAACCAAAGCCUUGGAAGGAUUUCCACUGAUCCAGGAGAAAUUCACUCUCAUGAAGAUGCAUCAGAGAAGAGUACUUCCAGUUUCAGAGAAGGAGACAUUUUCAGAUCACAAGAUAAUUUAGUUGAUUCGAGUACUUUAGCUGUAAAUCCAUCUGAUGCAGAAGUUCACUCUCUUGAAGAUGCAUCAGAGAAGAGUACUUCCAGUUUCAGAGAAGGAGACAUUUCCAGAUCACAAGAUAAUUUAGUUGAUUCGAGUACUUUAGCUGUUAAUCCAUCUGAUGCAGAAAUUCACUCUCUUGAAGAUGCAUCAGAGAAGAGUACUUUCAGUUUCAGAGAAGGAGACAUUUCCAGAUCACAAGAGAAUUUAGUUGAUUCGAGUACUUUAGCUGUUAAUCCAUCUGAUGCAGAAAUUCACUCUCUUGAAGAUGCAUCAGAGAAGAGUACUUUCAGUUUCAGAGAAGGAGACAUUUCCAGAUCACAAGAGAAUUCAGUUGAUUCGAGUACUUUAGCUGCUAAUCCAUCUGAUGCAGAAAUUCACUCUCUUGAAGAUGCAUCAGAGAAGAGUACUUCCAGUUUCAGAGAAGGAGACAUUUCUAGAUCACAAGAUAAUUUAGGUGAUUCGAGUACUUUAGCUGUUAAUCUAUCUAUCUCUGCUGGUGCCGAACAUGGAUCCUUGCAAGAGCUAUCCCCUGGCAAGAAAACACUAGAAGAAAAUACAUUCAUGUCCAAUUCACCUAAUAGAACCCUAGAAAUAGAAAAUACAAAUGACUCCUCUCCUAUAGUAGCGGAGAAGGAAUUACCAGGUUCUCUGGAACAAGUGGAUAACCAUAAGCAAACAAGCUUGACGACACAUACGACGAGCAAGAAGAAAAAAGUAACUGUCAAAAGCUCGAACUCUAAGCGUGUCAAGUUAUGCGCUUCCACUAGAAGUAGAAGUAGUAGAACCCUAGAAGUAGAAAAUACAACUUACUCCUCUCCUAUAGUAGCUGAGAAGGAAUUACCAGGUUCUCCAGAACAAACGGGUAACCAUAAGCAAACAAGCUUGACGACAAAUACGAUGAGCAAGAAGAAAAAAGUAACUGUCAAAAGCUCGAACUCUAAGUGUGCCAAGUUAUGUGCUUCCACUAGAAGUAGAACCCUAGAAGUAGAAAAUACAAAUUACUCUUCUCCUAUAGUAGCAGAGAAGGAAUUACCAGGUUCUCCAGAACAUGUGGAUAACCAUGAGCAAACAAGCUUGACGACAAAUACGAUGAGCAAGAAGAAAAAAUUAACUGUCAAAAGCUCGAACUCUAAGCGUGUCAAGUUAUGCACUUCCACUGGCCAACAGGCAAGACCCGUAACCCGGGCCAGUACAAGAAAGGAUGUCCUCGUUGCUGAGGCUAGUUGUCUACCGAAAAACAACAGCAAGAUCAAUGGGACAGUAAGAUCUUCAGUUAGAUUUGCAGUUGCAGAAGGAAAUGUUGACUCUGAUACUGUAGUUAACAAGACAGUAAAACAUGCUACAAAUAGCACCAGAUCUCUCAAGAAGACUAAAAGGAAGUUGCAAUAUGAAAGUCCUCACACUCCAAAAAGAACAUUAGUCUCUCCUGGGUCCUCAAGUCCUAAAAGAUCAAGAUCAGGUAGACAAGUUAAAACUUUUAUUCGAAGAAGAAGAAUUGCAUUGACACCCCUCAAAUGGUCCACCAUUUAAGUUUCUGUAAUCUUUUUCUUUCUCAUAGUUGCUUGAUAUUUGCAGGGAGGUUACUCCUUCCCACCAUGGAAUUCUGGCGCAAUCAGAUGGCCAUUUAUGAUGAGAACCGUUCCAUUAUUGGAGUUCAGCAAGAUCUUCAUGAAAAGAAAUUUGUCAGAGGGAGUGUAUCUGAACCUCCGAGAAAACGCAAGUAACUCAAAAGAUCCCGCUGACAUCUAUUUCUCGUUUUUGUUUGCUUUUGCUUGUCUUAAUCUGUUUCUAUAUAUGUUUUGUUGUUGGAUCUUGAAUACAAUCAAAAAAAAAUUAUCCCUAUACAGCUCCCUUGGGUGAUGUAUUUGCUGUUGCUUAUUAACUAAUUCGUUAAUAUAUGUAAGUGAAUAUU